UGUUUAUUAUAUAAAUCAACAUACUUUUUCUAAAAGUGAAUUUUUAGCCAACGUCCUACAGAAAAUAUUUGCUUUUUCUGUGGCAUAUAACGUGUUAAAAAUCAUAAAGCCAUUACUUAGUGCUACAUACAUUUAAGUGAUAGCGCGAAAGUUCCUAUAAUUCUGUUCUUCAUUAAAAUUGUCAGAAAUCGAAGUCAGGAGCAGAAAUCGAAGUCUUCUAUAAAGUCAUGUCAAGCGCGUAUAAUGAUCGGUAUUACACGGACGAUGUCGAUGAGUUAAUAUUUGACGUAGAUCCGGGUGAAGUACUUGCUAUAGAGAAUGGGUACGAUGAGCGUCCAACUGGUUAUUCAAUAAUGGGCACACAAUUCCUUAUGGUUGGAACCACAAGGGUUAGUAUAGACGUUCAAAUGAUUUUUGAAGACAAUACCACGAGACUAAACCAAUUAUCUGAGAUGAACCUUGAAAUUUGCUACAUACUCGACCCUAAUAGCAAUGCACAUGGAACUCAUGAUGCUGAUAUUUUAUAUGAUAGUAGUGGUAAUGAACGCAGUGCUGCAGAACAGGAAAGGCUCCGACAAGAAAUUGAUGACCAGUUGGAUGACAAUAGCAGAAGAUUCAAUAAUGCUUACUUCAAAACGUUCGUAAUCAUCCCAACGGUUGAUGAAAAAUUGAAGAAACGUACUUGUUAUACUUUUAUUACUGAACACAUUGCUAUCGAUGUUAAGGUUAAACAAGACGAUUGCAAUGUACUUCCUUCAGUAAAGUUAAUUGUUUACGAUCUGAUAGUUCAUAGCGAUCCAACCACCGUUUAUCGAGCAGCUGGUUCAAUAAGUGGAGGAAUGCAAACUGCAAUGCUAUCAACAAAUGUUAUCACUCCACCACUUUGGAAUGAAGUUCGUCAAGAUUUGCCCGAAACUGGCGGAACGGCUUUUGUAGAUGAAAUCACACGAAUGACUUUCGAAGACUAUCUUGAUGAGUUCUUCACUGAUCCUAACGAAUCAGUGCAAAGUGAUGACAACAACGUUGAGUUAUUAUAUUACAGACUCACUGAACCCAAUGACGCUGCUGUUCCGUCUGUUAAUGAACUAUUUGGUGUUAGUUCUAGAGAUGAUUUCAAUAUGUCUUAUAUGUCUGAGAGCGCUGCAUCCUUCAGUGCAAGAAAUUACAAUAACGCUAUUGCAGCCGAUGCGUUCAUGGGUAGUGUUCGUGGUUCUGAUUUAAUAUUAAGGGAGUCUGAUAACAGCUCUCUUAUAUUGGAAGAUAUACAAGCUAUGUUCCAUCUUCCGCGUGAUCGUAUAUUAGAACAAGAUAAUGGUUUUUAUGAUAAUUCUGAUGGGAAUGUAGCCUUUAUUGAUGAAUACUCUGAUGAAUCAACUGAUGUAAGCAUUGAGAAUGGAAUUUCUAUGGUCAACUCUUUAUUAUUCAAAGAUUCUUCUGCUCCCGUAAUUCACGAAUCAAUUAAUGAUAAUGGUGGCUAUAAUAACUCUGAAGAUACUUAUGCUCCCGUAAUUCAAAAAUCAAUUAAUGAUAUUGGUGGCUAUAAUAACUCUGAUGAUACUUCUGCUCCCAUAAUUCAAGAAUCAAUUAAUGAUAAUGGUGGCUAUAAUAACUCUGAAGGUACUUAUACUCCCGUAAUUCAAGAAUCAAUUAAUGAUAAUGGUGGCUAUAAUAACUCUGAAGAUACUUCUGCUCCCGUAACUCAAGAAUCAAUUUAUGAUAUUGGUGGCCAUAAUAACUCUGAAGAUACUUCUGCUCCCGUAACUCAAGAAUCAAUUAAUGAUAUUGGUGGCUAUAAUAACUCUGAAGAUACUUCAGCUCCCGUAAUUCAAAAAUCAAUUAAUGAUAAUGGUGGCUAUAAUAACUCUGAAGAUACUUAUACUCCCGUAAUUCAAAAAUCAAUUAAUGAUAUUGGUGGCCAUAAUAACUCUGAAGAUACUUCUGCUCCCGUAAUUCAAAAAUCAAUUAAUGAUAUUGGUGGCCAUAAUAACUCUGAUGAUACUUCUGCUCCCGUAAUUCAAAAAUCAAUUAAUGAUAUUGGUGGCCAUAAUAACUCUGAAGAUACUUCUGCUCCCGUAACUCAAAAAUCAAUUAAUGAUAUUGGUGGCCAUAAUAACUCUGAAGAUACUUAUACUCCCGUAAUUCAAAAAUCAAUUAAUGAUAUUGGUGGCCAUAAUAACUCUGAUGAUACUUCUGCUCCCGUAAUUCAAAAAUCAAUUAAUGAUAUUGGUGGCCAUAAUAACUCUGAAGAUACUUAUACUCCCGUAAUUCAAAAAUCAAUUAAUGAUAUUGGUGGCCAUAAUAACUCUGAAGAUACUUCUGCUCCCGUAAUUCAAAAAUCAAUUAAUGAUAAUGGUGGCUAUAAUAACUCUGAAGAUACUUAUGCUCCCGUAAUUCAAAAAUCAAUUAAUGAUAUUGGUGGCCAUAAUAACUCUGAAGAUACUUCUGCUCCCGUAAUUCAAAAAUCAAUUAAUGAUAUUGGUGGCCAUAAUAACUCUGAAGAUACUUCUGCUCCCGUAAUUCAAAAAUCAAUUAAUGAUAAUGGUGGCUAUAAUAACUCUGAAGAUACUUCUGCUCCCGUAACUCAAGAAUCAAUUAAUGAUAUUGGUGGCUAUAAUAACUCUGAAGAUACUUCAGCUCCCGUAAUUCAAGAAUCAAUUAAUGAUAUUGGUGGCUAUAAUAACUCUGAAGAUAUUUCUGCUCCCGUAACUCAAGAAUCAAUUAAUGAUAUUGGUGGCCAUAAUAACUCUGAAGAUACUUCUGAUCCCGUAACUCAAGAAUCAAUUAAUGAUAUUGGUGGCCAUAAUAAAUCUGAAGAUACUUCUGCUCCCGUAACUCAAGAAUCAAUUAAUGAUAUUGGUGGCCAUAAUAACUCUGAAGAUACUUCUGCUCCCGUAACUCAAGAAUCAAUUAAUGAUAUUGGUGGCCAUAAUAACUCUGAAGAUACUUCUGCUCCCGUAACUCAAGAAUCAAUUAGUGAUAUUGGUGGCUAUAAUUACUCUGAAGAUAUUUCUUCUCCCGUAACUCAAGAAUCAAUUAAUGAUAUUGGUAGCUAUAAUAACUCUGAAGAUACUUCUGCUCCCGUAACUCAAGAAUCAAUUAAUGAUAAUGGUGGCUAUAAUAACUCUGAAGAUACUUCUGCUCCCGUAACUCAAGAAUCAAUUAAUGAUAUUGGUGGCUAUAAUAACUCUGAAGAUACUUCAGCUCCCGUAAUUCAAAAAUCAAUUAAUGAUAAUGGUGGCUAUAAUAACUCUGAAGAUACUUCUGCUCCCGUAACUCAAAAAUCAAUUAAUGAUAUUGGUGGCCAUAAUAACUCUGAAGAUACUUAUACUCCCGUAAUUCAAAAAUCAAUUAAUGAUAUUGGUGGCCAUAAUAACUCUGAUGAUACUUCUGCUCCCGUAAUUCAAAAAUCAAUUAAUGAUAUUGGUGGCCAUAAUAACUCUGAUGAUACUUAUACUCCCGUAAUUCAAAAAUCAAUUAAUGAUAUUGGUGGCCAUAAUAACUCUGAAGAUACUUAUACUCCCGUAAUUCAAAAAUCAAUUAAUGAUAAUGGUGGCUAUAAUAACUCUGAAGAUACUUCAGCUCCCGUAACUCAAGAAUCAAUUAAUGAUAUUGGUGGCCAUAAUAACUCUGAAGAUACUUCUGCUCCCGUAACUCAAAAAUCAAUUAAUGAUAUUGGUGGCCAUAAUAACUCUGAAGAUACUUAUACUCCCGUAAUUCAAAAAUCAAUUAAUGAUAAUGGUGGCUAUAAUAACUCUGAAGAUACUUCAGCUCCCGUAACUCAAGAAUCAAUUAAUGAUAUUGGUGGCUAUAAUAACUCUGAAGAUACUUCAGCUCCCGUAAUUCAAGAAUCAAUUAAUGAUAUUGGUGGCUAUAAUAACUCUGAAGAUAUUUCUGCUCCCGUAACUCAAGAAUCAAUUAAUGAUAUUGGUGGCCAUAAUAACUCUGAAGAUACUUCUGAUCCCGUAACUCAAGAAUCAAUUAAUGAUAUUGGUGGCCAUAAUAAAUCUGAAGAUACUUCUGCUCCCGUAACUCAAGAAUCAAUUAAUGAUAUUGGUGGCUAUAAUAACUCUGAAGAUACUUCUGCUCCAGUAAUUCAAGAAUCAAUUAAUGAUAUUGGUGGCUAUAAUAACUCUGAAGAUAUUUCUGCUCCCGUAACUCAAGAAUCAAUUAAUGAUAUUGAUGGCCAUAAUAGCUCUGAAGAUACUUCUGCUCCCGUAACUCAAGAAUCAAUUAAUGAUAUUGAUGGCCAUAAUAGCUCUGAAGAUACUUCUGCUCCCGUAAUUCAAGAAUCAAUUAAUGAUAUUGGUGGCCAUAAUAACUCUGAAGAUACUUCUGGUCCCGCAAUUCAAGAAUCAAUAAAUGAUAUUGGUGGCCAUAAUAACUCUGAAGAUACUUCUGGUCCCGCAAUUCAAGAAUCAAUAAAUGAUAUUGGUGGCCAUAAUAACUCUGGAGAUGCUCCAGCUCCCGUAAUUCAAGAAUCAAUUAAUGUUAAUGGUGGCCAUAAUAACUCUGGAGAUCAGAAUGAAACUCCUCCUUUGAGACGUGAUCUAAAUAAAUUAACUGAAGUGAGCGGUGCAAAGUACAGUAAUUUUGAGAAUUCUCUGUUCUUCAAUGAACGAGACAUUGAUAACAUUUUGGAAGAAAAUAAUAUUUCUGAAACAAUAACUGAAGUAGCUCAAACUGAUGAUGGUUCAAUUGAUAGUAUUCCGACACCCGGUGACUCAAUUGAUAUGCAUAAUAACGUAUGCAUUUCAUGGCAUAACCAAAACACUUCAACUGGUGACCUUAAUGAGGACAUUAAGGUUUCUGCUGGGAAGCCCAAAUGCACUUGA